CCUCCGCGCGCGAACGUCUGUGUGUGGGUCUGAGAACCAGGAAGAAACCGAGAAGAGCUCUGGACACCCCUUUUCACGUCCCUAGGGACCAAAUGCCCCCACUAACCCUUGCCAAGGGACGCUUCAAUUUUACGGCAAUGGAGCGAUCAAGCCUGGACCGAGACAAAACCUCCACGCAAAGAGAUGUCCCUUGCAUUGGCACCUCUGUGUCCGAAGAAAGCAGCGACCCGGGUGGCGGGGGCGGCGUGCGAGAGAGGGUUCGAAACAGGACGGUCCAAGCCGUUUCUUUCUUAGGUGUACGUAGUCGUCGCGAAAGAGACCGCGAAGGAGACGGCGCAGAUGCAAAUGAGAAGCCGACAACAAUCGCAAAACCCGGAUCCGCCUCGGAAAACCUCACUGCCAUUACUGCCGACUCUGACCAGGCCAUUCAAAAGAACGCUGUGACCGGACCAACGAGGCAUAUGAAUACCUCGACGACGAACAGCGUCCAGCCAUUACCAACAGCCACCCGCGGGGCGGCUUCGAUGCGCCUGCUCGGUAUGACCAGGAAGCGUUUGGCCGCUCUAUCGCCCCGCGCUCGGCCACACGAUGCAACUCGACAGGCAUACAGAGAGAUGAUGGCUCGGAAGAAUGCGUCAAUCGCCCAGGCACAGCGAGAGCAAUGCGCACAGGAGGCGGUUCUCGUGGUAGAGACGCCAGCAGCACCACAAGAAGGUGAUGGCGACACCAAACCGCAAUUGGACGAAAACAGUGACUCUCACAGUUGCCUUGCCGUUGUGUUGAAAAACUCCAUAAGGAUCUUGGCCUGGCUCUUUAAAUUACUCUGGUGGCUGAUACGGUACUAUUGGCGAGUUAUAUCCCCUUGUUUCGAUGCUCAGUCUGGCAUACGGCGGCGAUACACCCGGGGGACAAUAACAUGGACCGACUUGAUCGUGUUUGGAAUGAUGUAUAUUGUCGUGCUGGCGGCGCUGUCCAUUGGGAUCCAUAUUUGUCGGGGCAUUGUCUGGGUUUGGCCGUAUGUUGAAGCGGUACUGAGUCUCACCCCUGACGAGUAGUGAGGGAGAGGGGUGCGAACUCGGUAUUUUCCUCACAUAGACAGACCACUGACGACUCGAAGGCAUUCCGUCAUAAUUCUAG